ACUUCUAGAAGUUUCUUUUGACCGGUAUAUAGUCCAGGAGAAAGGUUCCGCCGCACUGCGAAUCGACAAGACAUAAGCUGCGGAAGCAUCUGAAAGCUCCAAGCCUGUGAGAAUGAAAAUCGCAAAACUUCACAGCACUAUGAAAACCUUAAAAGAGCUCCAUCUUGGUUUGAGUCCACUCUCAAAAGCAUGCGGGCGACAAACAUGGCGGCUCUGUGCCUACUGGCGAUCUUGGCGGGAAUGGCGGCCGGGGAGGAAGGGAAGCUGAGCAGCCACGCCACCGCCCUGGCGGACAACAGCGCCAACCUGGCGUUCAACCUCUACCACAACGUGGCCAAGGAGAAGGACCUGGAGAACAUCGCCAUCUCCCCCGUGGUGGUGGCCUCCUCCCUGGGCCUGGUGGCUCUGGGCGGGAAGGCCUCCACGGCCUCGCAGGUGAAGACGGUGCUCGCCGCCGGCGCGGUCAAGGACGAGCACCUGCACGCCGGCCUGGCCGAGCUCCUGACCGAGGUCAGCAACUCCACCGCCCGCAACGUCACCUGGAAGAUCAGCGGCCGCCUGUACGGGCCCAGCUCCGUCAACUUCGCCGACGACUUCGUGAAGAGCAGCAAGAAGCACUACAACUACGAGCACUCCAAGAUCAACUUCCGCGACAAGCGCAGCGCCCUCAAGUCCAUCAACGAGUGGGCGGCCAAGUCCACCGACGGAAAGCUGCCCGAGGUCACCAAGGACGUGGACAAGACCGAUGGCGCCAUGAUCGUCAACGCCAUGUUCUUCAAACCUCACUGGGACGAGAGGUUUCACCACAAGAUGGUGGACAACCGUGCCUUCCUCGUCACCCGGUCCUUCACCAUUUCAGUUCCCAUGAUGCACCGUACAGGCCUGUACCACUUCCACGAGGACACUGAGAACAAGCUGUACGUGCUGAACAUGCCGCUGGCCCACAAGAAGUCCAGCAUGAUCCUGAUCAUGCCCUACCACGUGGAGCCCCUGGAACGCCUGGAGAAGCUGCUCACCCCCAAGCAGCUGGACACCUGGCUGAGCAAAACGGAGGAGCGGGCGGUGGCCGUGUCUCUGCCGAAGGUCAGCAUGGAGGUCAGCCACAACCUGCAGAAAAACCUUGCAGAGCUGGGUCUGACCGAGGCUGUGGACAAGGCCAAGGCCGACCUGUCAAACAUCUCGGGUAAGAAGGACCUUUACCUGGCCAACGUCUUCCACGCCUCGGCCCUGGAGUGGGACACCGAGGGAAACCCGUUCGACACCAGCAUCUUCGGCUCGGACAAGCUGAAGAACCCCAAGCUGUUCUACGCCGACCACCCCUUCAUCUUCGUGGUGAAGGACAACAAGACCAACUCCAUCCUCUUCAUCGGCAGGCUCAUGCGGCCCAAGGGCGACAAGAUGAGGGACGAGUUAUAGUCAACGCCGGCUGCGGCGACACAGCCAAAUGCUCAGGGUUAAACUUAUGGGUUUGCGAAUCCACCCCAAGGGUAAAAAUGUGCUGGGCUAUAUCAGUGUUAUUUUAACGCUGAGCAUUUCGCUGUGUCGGCUUUCGUUAACGUGGGCGUGACUGGAGUGACGCACAAGCACAUUCCAAUAGACAAACGGUGGCUGGAUAGCUGGGUUAACGUUUCCAGGAGUGCAACUCCAGAAUCGCAUUCAUCUUCAGCAGGGAGUGAGUCAUUGUCUCAAAUGUGAUUAGUUCAGAAACUUAAAACACCACACGUAAGAUUUCUGAAUUUUCAAAGGGGAAAAAAGCCAAAUACUAGUUGGACAUAGUCCAAAAUGACCACCAAGUGCCUUGUUUUUAAUAUUGAAUGGCAGAUGACAUGACUGACAACAUGCUUAUAUUAAGUAUGAUCUCUCAGGUAUUUGCCUUGAUUCUGAGGUCAUCGUUUCUUUCAGGGGUCUGGGUGACGCAUAGGUUUGGUUAUUAGGUUUUUAAUGAGUAUCCACGGUUGUGUCGAGUGUGUGAAAUGUGUGUGGGUUUUAUAGAAAUAUCUUUAAUGUUUAAAGUCAAAGGAUUUGUACACAGGUGUCUUGCAAGCAUGUAUGCUGCUAACAUUCACUACCAGACCGCCACCCAACCCCCUCCCCCUCCCCCACACUAAACACAUUCCUUUCUCCUUCGCGUUUGGUUUUGACGGCGAAACCCCCGCACUGAACGGGCUGUUCUGCACUAACUGCACGCAGAAGGCUACAUCUGUAUCGAGUGUACGACUGAAUCUACUACACGUCGUGUUCCCAUGCUGUCAAGUCAUGUUUCUAAGUGCUUUUUUUUUGUGGCAAAAAAUCUCUUUUGGAAUCAACUUUAAUGCAACAUUGUUACAUUUUUUUCAGUUUUUUUUCCCAAUAAAAUCAUUUUUCAAUGAA